AAAAAAAAAAAAAAAAAAAAAAAAACCAGUCUUAAUUAUGAACUCCGGGUAAGCGUAAUGGUUGUCAAAAAUUAUGUUCUUGAAUCUUUAAAUUAUACUUCUUUAAACAUGACAAAUUGGAAUGAGCUUCCACUGGAGGUAUUGAUCAAAAUCUUUACGUUUGUAAUAGACCCAUUUUGGGGAGGUAACAAAAAGGCAAUAGAUUACCUGCUUAUUUCGAAACAUUGGUCAUUAGCUAGCCGAACCACUGUCUACCAAAAUGUGAAUUUAAAUAUGAAACGUUUCGACGCAUUUAUUGAAUGCAUGCUCAAGCCCAACAAUGGUCCAUUUGUCAAAACUAUAAAUUGGAAGGGCACAUUAGAUACAGAUAGACUAGAAGCCAACCUGGAUCGACUCAUAGCAGCAUGUCCAAACGUUACCAGUCUGGGAAUAGGAUUAUGGAGAGAUCCAAACGAGUCGAUUUUUGCCAAGCUGUUAUUAGUGCAUUGUAUGACUAAAAACGGAUUAAAACUAAAGGAGAUUCCUAGCCACUCUGGAGAAACUGAAAAUGCUGUUCGAACAUAUGGAUAUCUAGCAUAUGCCUUAAAAAAAACAUUGGAACAUAUUAAGGUGUAUGAUUGGCCUAAGGUUGAGGGUGAAUAUGUCAUGAAUGAGACAGCAAAUGCUUUAGUUGAAUUCGAAAACCUCAAAAGCAUUAGCUUCCAUUUUAAAGAUCAUGACAAUAUUUGCCAAGUUGGUUCAAAAAUACGAAAUUGCCCGACAAUUAAACAUGUAACGAUCUAUCCAAGCUCACUGACCUGUAAUAUGCAAGCGAUAACUACCAUGCCUAUCGACCCUUACAGCGUACAGCCUUUUCCCAACAUCGAUGGGUUAUAUAUAUACAAUGCAAAGAUAGCUAUUGAUAGUAGAUUAUUGGGACAUGUUAUGUACUCAUACCCCAAAGCACGGUAUUUAAUCAUAGCUGAACAGACACCUGAACCUAUAUGUGAGAUGACUAUACCUGCUACUGCUAUACUUUAUCUACAACAGCGAGGUCUACAGGUCUCUGUCGAUCUUUGGAUUCAGUUCUUUAACUACCUUAAUAUACUGGAGGCGUGUAGUGUAUCCACCAUGUUUAUUAAGGAUUAUUUGGAUGUCUUUGCUCAUUUUCCCACUUUCUGUGAUAGUCUGGAAAUCAUAUUUGGUCGUGACCAAAUGUUGAGAAUCGAGCCCUACAUCAGCGUUUACAACAAUUCCGAUGAUAUACAAUUCCUUAAAGACAGACACAUAGAUUACAGCACCUCACGCCGUACUUUAUUUUAUCUUCCUCCCACCGUGAAUGGAGCCAGUGUAGAUUUCAAAGCGAUUGUUGGAUUAUUUGAAUCAACAUUGAAGGCCUUACAUAUUGAAAUGGAUCCUGCUAUUGGAAAUAGGCUUCAAAAAAGGAUGCUAUGUUAUGCUUUGGAACAUUGUCCAGAAUUAAAUACAUUGUGGAUCACAGAAGGUGUGUUUUCUUCUUUCGAUUCCAACACUUUUAUGAAAAACGAAUCUCUGGAGUGUAUACGGUUCUUAAAUUGUAUAUUUCAAAAUGACUUUCUCUUUGAACUUUCGGGUCGAUUGUCGAACAAAAUCGAAUAUCUGGUUUUUAAUGGCUGUACUUUGGGUGGAGAAUCCCAUGAAUCGUUUGUGAUGAUCGAUAUGCCUUACCUAUCGCUUGGAUGUCUGACUUGGAAAGACGUUUCUGACUAUAGGAAUGAGAAUGUAUUGUUCAUCAAGAUCACCAAAGAUCAGGGUAUUUGUUCCUACUAUAAAAUAUCUCAUGAAUACAAGAUGACUAUAUCUUCGGCUGUUCAAUUUAAUGAAUCCAAAGACAAUGAUGAAGUCUUCACCAUGCACAUCCGUUGCUUCGAUAUUGAGAGCUUACUGGUGCAAAAGUUGCAGGCUGACUUUAUUUUUUACUUGACAAAUCCUAUCAAGGUGGGUUCUGCAGACGUGUUUAUGGACGCUCACGGCGAGGUAUUCAACAUGUUGUAAUUUAUGAUUAUCUUUUUAGUAAUAAAUAUAUUUAUAUAUAUAUAUAAACCAAA